GGAUCCACAAUGGGACGCGGUGCUGUGGCACAACUACGCCCGGUCGGUCGGUGUGGUGAGUGACGGCGGCAGCUGCGGAGCUGGAAGAAGAAUCUUCUCGUGGGACUUCGCGGUUGUGAAGCGCCUGAUCUGGAGGCAACGUGAGGAGCGCGCAUUCCUCCAGAAAACAGGCGACAACAAGCCCCUCCGUCCUGCGGCUGGCAGCUGGCCGACUGGGAGGACAAGACACCGCAAAGAGGAAAAUAUUUCUGCUUUCAGCCGGACAGACACGAGCCGGGACCUCCACAGUCACAAGGCUGUGGGUCCGUAGUAUGGGAGAGGUAUGUUGUCCAGGAAAGGACUCAUUCCGGAGGAUUACCUGCUGACACGUCUGGCUGAGGAUGUCCUGCAGCCAAAGUUCAAGGCGAAACCGAGGAAAGCUCGCUUCGUCGCCAAGAACGGCACCUGCAAUGUGGCGCACACCAACAUCCGAGAGCAGGGCCGCUUCUUGCAGGACGUGUUCACCACUCUCGUGGAUUUAAAAUGGCUCCACACGCUCAUCAUUUUCACCAUGUCCUUCCUGUGCAGCUGGCUCCUCUUCGGGAUGAUCUGGUGGCUCGUUGCCUUCGCGCACGGCGACUUGGACCAGAGGGGAGACACCUUUGUCCCGUGCGUAACGAGCAUCCACUCCUUCUCCUCCGCUUUCCUCUUCUCCAUAGAGGUGCAGGUGACCAUCGGCUUCGGGGGUCGGAUGGUGACAGAGGAGUGCGUCUCCGCCAUCAUCGUCUUGAUCGUGCAGAACAUCGUCGGACUGGUCAUCAACGCCAUCAUGCUCGGCUGCAUCUUCAUGAAAACUGCGCAGGCCAACCGGCGCGCAGAGACCCUCAUUUUCAGCAAGCACGCCGUCAUCUCCAUCCGAAACAACAAGCUGUGCUUCAUGAUCCGCAUCGGGGACCUGAGGAAAAGCAUGAUCAUCAGCGCCACCGUGCGGAUGCAGGUGGUGAGGAGAACCACCACCGAGGAAGGCGAGGUGGUGCCUCUAGACCAGAUCGACAUCCACAUGGAUAACCCGGUGGGUACCAACGGCGUCUUCCUGGUGUCCCCCCUCAUCAUCUCCCACGUGAUCGACAAGGACAGCCCUCUGUAUCAGCUGUCAGCCUCGGACCUGCAGCACGAGGACAUAGAGGUGAUCGUGGUGCUGGAGGGGGUGGUGGAGACCACGGGCAUCACCACGCAGGCCAGGACGUCCUACGUGUCGGAGGAGAUCCUGUGGGGGCAGCGCUUCGUGCCCACGGUCUCCGAGGAGGACGGCAUGUACGCGGUGGACUACUCCAAGUUCGGUAACACCGUGAAGGUCCCGACACCGUGCUGCAGCGCCAAGAAACUGGACGAAGCGGGCGGCAUCGCUCGCUUUAAACUGGACGAGGGCGUCACCUUGCGGGCGUCUGUGAGAAGGCGGCGGGGCGGCACGGUGGUCCGCAAGUCCAGGAUGGAGAGCAAGUAAACGGCUGCUCCGCGUCUGCCAGCAUUUUAUAUGAGAAUGUAAUGAUUUAAGUUUGAGGACUGUAGGAUGACAGAGUCAUAUUUAUUUUAUACUAAAUAUAUGUUCAUGAUAAUCAACAAACAUCAACAAGCUUUUCA